AUGGCUUUAGCACAAGAAAACAAGUUAGAAAAUCUGACUCCGGCUUCCUCGGUUGCCUCAUCUCCAGAUGUCGCUGCCGAGAAGCAGAAGCCAAUUCUGAGAUCUCAACCUGCCCCUCCAAGACUAGGUGUCGAGCUCUCAGAGCUAUUCACAGAAAAUGUCGUCGCGAAAAUAUGGAGAGUUGCAGUUCGAGAAUUGGAGAAGCAAAAUCCACCAACCCACUACCCAGAAUACAUCACCACCACCAGCCCCAAUGCAAACUAUUAUACCCUCCGCGAAGCCAAUUUUUGGACCUGUGGUUUCUUCCCCGGAAGUCUGUACGCUCUCCUGGAGCGCUGCAGGAAAUACCCCCAGUUUCUCCCUCUCCCCGCCGCCCAUCGUCCGGCAUUCCAAAAGCAACUUUUGAAGCUAUGUCGAGACUGGGUUGUUCCAAUACGUGCAAUGGAUACGAGAACCGAUACUCACGACAUGAGCUUCAUCAUCCAGCCAGCGCUCCGCAUGGAUUGGGAACUCACUGGCAACCACGAGAGUUUGAAAAACGUGGUUACCGCUGCGGAAAGUCUUGUGAGUAGAUAUGAUGAGAGGGUGGGGGCGAUCAGGAGUUGGGAUCAGGCUGUUAAUUAUAGAUAUUCGUUUACGGAUAUGGAGAAGGACUUUUUGGUGAUUAUUGAUAGCAUGUGCAAUCUCGAUCUCCUCUACUACGCUGGUCACCAAACCGGAAACCAGAAAUUAAUAGACAUCGCUACAACACACGCUCACACCGUCCUAAAAACCAUCGUCCGAGACGACUGGUCCACCUACCACCUCCUCAACUUUGAUGCCAAAACAGGAGAAAUCAAAGAUCAGCUCACGAAUCAAGGGUACCGAGACUGGUCGACAUGGAGUCGAGGACAAGCGUGGGCUGUGCUAGGCUUCACGCAGACUUAUACAUGGACACACGAACCCGUGUUCCUAAACGCAGCCAUAUCAAUCUCGAAGUAUUUCAUCUCGCGGCUCGCGUCGCCGAAAGUGGAUGCUCAUCCUUAUGUCCCGCUGUGGGAUUUCGAUGCACCGCUGGACACAUCGCCUCCCCGGGACACUUCAGCUGGCAUGAUUGCUGUGAACGGAUUCUUAUUGCUGCACCAGAUUCUCAUCUCUGAACAUCGAGCAGAUGAAGCGACGGAGUUUCUGGAUGUCGCGGUGAGGAUUAUGAGGGAAACAACUGAGCUGGCUUUGUCUCGAGACAGCGCGAAGUUUGAGGUCCCGUUAGAGGGGAGAAAGGAGGAUUAUCCGGUGGUCAAGGAUGGUGAGGAUGGGAAGCACUUUGACGGGAUGUUGAUGCAUGCUACGGCGAACAAUAAUGAGGAUGCACAUAAGCGGUAUUGGGAUCAUGGGUUGGUAUAUGCGGAUUAUUAUUUUUUGGAAGCCGGGAAUAAGUUGAUGAGGAUGGGGUUGGUAUGA